CGCAUAAAAGGUGUCGAUUUUUGAUUACGUCACUAGUAAUCGCAUCGACACACGAGGGGAAUAGAAAGGGAGCCAGGUCCACUCAACUAAUGAGAUCUGAGGUCUCAAAUUUAAAUCAUGGGGAAGCAGAAAACAAAGAAGUUUGCUGCCAUGAAGAGAAUGAUUAAUCUGAAAGAUCGAAGAAUAAAAGAGAAAGACCGUGCUAAAGCAAAAGAGAAAAAGAAGAAAGAUCCCUCAGAGCUUAAGGAGAGAGAAGUGUCAAAGCACCCAUCAUGCCUGUUCUUCCAGUACAAUACUCAGCUUGGUCCACCAUACCACAUUCUAGUCGACACCAAUUUCAUCAACUUCUCCAUCAAGGCCAAACUGGACAUUGUUCAGUCUAUGAUGGACUGCCUGUAUGCAAAAUGUAUCCCACAUAUCACAGACUGUGUGAUGGCUGAGAUUGAAAAGCUUGGAAUGAAGUACAGAGUCGCACUCAGGAUAGCCAAGGAUCCGAGGUUUGAGCGCCUGCCGUGUUCACACAAGGGAACAUAUGCCGAUGACUGUUUAGUCCAAAGGGUAACACAGCACAAGUGUUACAUCCUGGCUACUGUGGACAGAGAUCUAAAGAGAAGAGUCAGGAAGAUCCCUGGGGUACCCAUCAUGUACAUCUCAAACCACAGGUACAAUAUUGAACGGAUGCCCGAUGACUACGGUGCUCCAAGGUUUUAAUAUUUCUACAUCUGAGCUGCACCUGUAAAUAGACUGAAGUUUCUUGUUAAAUAUUUUCCUUUUUAUGUACAUCAAAAAUAUUGUGAGGUUUUGAAGUUUGAUUUCUUGAUGAUGGGUUGUUUGAUCAAACUGCACAUUUUUGCAAAAGUUUUGUUCUUAUAAAACAUUUUGUUACAAGAAUAAAUGAAUUGUUGCAACGCA